ACUAUUGUGUUGGUGUCGUGCACACGGAGAUUCAUUCGGCUCAAGUGGAAAAUGUGGAAACUAAUAUUACUGGGACUAUUAGCGAGCACAACAUGCUUGCCACUAGAAGAAAAAGACGACAGAACAACGACCACAGAGAGCAUAGAGCAGCUCCAAAAAACAAUCAACGUCGUCUCCUACAUCCAAAACUUUAAAAACGUAAUGGCCGACUACGUGAACACACAAUACGACCUGACCGAACACGAUAUGGAAAAAAUAAAGCAAACACUAGAAGAAUUUCUAAUCAAAUUCGCGAACGAUCUUCGGGAAACAGUUCAGGAUCAACAGAAAAAUGUGACGUUUGUAAAAGAGCGCGAAAAAAUCCAAGAUGGCGUCCCUGAUGCGACUUUCAUGGAAGUAAGAGACAGACUUAUGAGAGAAUUUCCGGAUAUCAAGGUAGAAACUGCUGAUGUGAUUGUGUAUAAGUUGAGGAAGAAUUUAUACGAGACGCGGCAGAAAAUUGAUUAUGUUGUUAAGACAAGGUCACAGAGGGAAUUCGAAUAUGCCGUAGCUUAGUUGUUUUUCUUAGAAAGAUCACAG